UUUCAUUCGAAAGCAAACUGAAAUGGAGAGACGAGUAAGGUCCUCGGGGAGGGAGAGUCGUCAAGGUAAGGGAGCGCCUGCAAAGGAAUCCAACAAGAAAUGGAAGGAUUGCGGUCACGGCAAGACCUUGCACAUCUCUGAGUAUGGUCCUUUUGUGGUCAGGACUUGCCCAAAGAAACCCCUCUCGGAAUACAAGUUAAAGCGAGCGCGUUACCCUAUGAUGCUGGGAAUGUCCAGCCAAAAGAUCAGCAAAUCCAAAAUAAGUUUAACCCUCGAAAAGCCCCCAAUGCUGGCGACAUCCUCCCAGUCAGAGUUGGAUCUGUUCAAGUUGGAUACGAUGAUUGAUAGGAUCUGGAGCGACUUGGUGGACAAGCACGCGCGACUGAUCAAGGCCGGCAAGAGACCGGAGGAAGUGGUGGACAGUCUGAAGUCGCGCUACAUUCAGCAAACUCAGCGGGUACUGCUGAAUGCAGCGGGAUCGAUCACCAAGCCGGCGGUGGGAAGAACCCGAAUGUCGAACCCAGCCUACGUCACGCACAGACAGCUCGUCGAGCAGCAAAUGGAGUGGCUGUCCACGAAGAAGGUGGCCAAGAAGCUAUACCUCCUGAAAGAACUCCUGGAGCAGAAAAGGAUGCCCCAGGGCAAGCAGGAUCGCCGGAUGCUGGAGGAGUACGGGGACUCCAGCCAGCACUACAACGGCUUGCUGAUGGUCUUCAACAAGGAGAUUCCCGUGGAUCAGCGCAACCACCAGAUGGACACCAUUUCGAAAACCUUCAAAACGAUUAUGGAUCAACUGGACGACUACGCAAGUCGCUCGAGGAUGCAAAGCUCCAAUGGCAGCAUCUUGAGCAAGGAUAGCGACGGCCAAGAGCCUCAGCUUGAGGUGAAGACCCUAAUUACCCUCGAGAACAUAGAGGCCACGCGGGCCGAGUGGAUGCAGUACUUUGCGGAUCGCACGAGGACGCCCUUCGAGCAGAAACUGUCCGCCAUCCGCCUGCAGCGUAAGGAAGCUCUGAUUGCCGAGAAAAUGGAGCUGAAACGAAUCAAGAUGGAAAAGCGGAAGGAGUUCCUGGACCACCGACCCCUCACCGAGCUAUACAACAAUCCCCGGCUCACCCAUCGCAUGCGGCAGGUGCUCGCGGAACGUGCCGAGCAGGCACGUCGCCAGGCCGCACAGUCACAGUCACAGUCACCGUCAGAGUCGGUUCAUGUUCAUCCGAAGAACAAGCCUCGACGACCGCGGAGUUCCGCGAAACGCCUGAGCAUUUCCGAUGUUGUGCUGAAGACCAUGGAAGAACGCGGCAGCUGCUGCAAGUGCCAAUGGAUUCCGAGGUGGAUCAAGAUAUCUUGAGAGGAGAGACGAUAGAUUAUUCGACGAAAAAUCAUUUUGAUCUUUGAUCUUUUGUGCCGCAAUAUUUAAACUUUAUUCAACAAAUUAAGCAGCAAAAUUCAGCAAGUUGGUAUCUUAUGUAUCUUCUGUGUGCAUUUCGUGAUAAAGCAAACAUAAUUUCUUC